AUGGCCAAUUCAGUUGCUUCUGUAUCUGCCAAUGUGAAUUCUAUUCCGAUCAUCAAUGGAACAAAUUUUAAGGACUGGAAGGAGAACAUUGAAAUUAUUCUUGGCUGCAUAGAUCUGGAUCUUGCGUUAAGGACUGAGCAACCCCCUACUCCUAUGGCGUCUAGUACUCCUGAAGACAAGAGGGAUCAUGAGAAGUGGGAUCACUCAAACCGCAUGAGCAUAAUGAUCAUUAAGCGCGACAUCCCAGAGGUGUUUAGGGGCACUGUUUCUGAAGACAUUACAACUGCUAAAGAAUUCCUUGCUGAGAUUGAGAAGCGCUUUGCAAAAAAACGAUAA